AUGGAAGAAUCCAAAGAAGGAACUCCCUUGGAAAAUAAACGCUCAGAAAAUGAAGAGCCAGAAAAAGGAAAAACAAGCAGCAGUUGUAAAAAAGUAAAAAUGGUACACAAAACGAAAUCGAACGAGAAGAAGAAAAAAUCGUCCAAGAAUUGUAAGACGUAUAAAAGGUACAGAUAUUUUAAGCCCUUCAGACAGUUUAAAAAUUCGAAAAGUUUGAAAAAUGUGAAAAAUUCGAAAAGUCAGAAAAAGAGAGAAAAAGAACAGGCAAAAAAGAAAGCCAAAAGGAAGGCGAAGAAAAAUGCCCUCAAGAAUAUCCUACCUGUGGAGCAGGCCAGAUCGACAGAAGUUGCAAAUGAGGGGGACGUUACACUAGGCAACGUGGAGAAGCAGCUGUCAAACGAGCUCAGCCCAAUGCAAAACAGUGCCAAACCGAGCAAUAGUAGCAAAUCAGAGUGCAAGAAUAUUAGCACCAAUGCUGAAUAUGUCGCUUUGCAUAAGGAUAAAAUUGUUCCUAAACAUUCUGAUGAGAAAAUGAGGGGUAACGUCAACAAUGAUUAUGAAAUUAAAGGCAGUGUAGAUGAGGACAACCUCUUUUCAGUUCACAUGGAUGUAGCCACGGAAAAGACACCAUGUGUGGAAGCGCCAGAAGGAGAUAGCCUUAACUACGUAGUGGAAAAGAACUCGCCCAAUAAGGCAAAAGAAAUAGUGGUCACGAUACAACAUUGCCAAAAAAACUCAUGUAGGGAAGAAAAUUGCACCGUUUUGAAGCCCCACAUGGGUGACCCUCAAACGAACUACUGCGGAGGAGAAGAAGAAGAACAAAUGGCUCAUGUAAACGCAAGCAGGACCAGCAAACAGAGUAAGCCAAGCGAACCGCUGCCAGAUAUGCAUCACGCACAGCAUGAAGCAGAGGCAACACAUCACCUAAUAGGCCCACUGGGAGAGAAACAAACUUGUAGAAUUCAAUUCAGAGAGCUCAUCGCGUCGAUGAAAGAGGACACCAAAAAUAUUGUCAUCGUAAUGGAAAACCUCAGCGAAGAAAAACUGCUCUAUAUGACCAUCCCAUUUAGCGAAAAUUACGACAUUAUAAAAUAUUUCAAUUUCCUGUCUCUUGAGAAGAUAAAAAAAAUGAUAAACUUGCUUCAUGUAGAUAAUUACAAAAAUUUUAUUUUCGCAUUUAACAAAAAAAAAAUAAUUGAAAUUGUGAACCACGUGUCUGUUAACACAGCCAUUAGUGUACUCUUAAAUAUGUCGAACAACAAGGUAGCAUACAUAUUAAACCAUAUAGAGGAAAAUGUCCUGAUCAAUCUGUUGAAUGGAAUACCUUUGUGUAAGUUUUAUCACAUCGCAGAAUGUUUACCUAUGCAAAAAAUAAGUCUCUGCUCAACCAAUAUAACAUAUGAAAAAUUGUACGUAAUGCACAACUUGCUGCCGUCUAAAAAAUUACAUCAGGUAACCAAUAACCUCUCUGUACAAACUCUCAGCAAGUUGAUAAACGAAUUGCCUUUAUACAAAUCUGUUAAGGUAUUGAAAAUGUUACCCCCUUGCAAAAUUGCGCAUUCGAUUAACGUGAAGGAAUUGACUCCCCAGUUUGCUUCCGAAAUUGGGAGAUCUUUCAGUGCGCCUGAAAUUAUUGAAAUUGUGAAUUAUCUAAAUGAGGGGAAUGCAUAUAUUUUACUGAGCAGAUGCAACUUGACCAAAAUUAUUCUCUACAUAAAUUACAUUUCAAUGGAAGAGUUUAAAUCUGUCACUUCAAAAUUGCCUACUGAAUUUUUGACACAAAUUGUUAAUGAUAUAUCUUUGAAGUUACUCGUAGAGUUGUUCCUGUCUCUCCCCGAGGACAAAGCCGUUCCUUGCUUGUACGCCCUCACUCAGAGAAAGCUCAACUCUGCUUUGCGCAUUAUUCCGAUGCAGACGGUCAUAAUAGACAUGGUCUUGCGCCAAGUUCGGGCUGUCCAGGGAGGGUACCACCCCACCGAAUCAACUAUGGACGUGACUGCCGCCGCUCAUCCACACAGACAUCUGGUCAACAUGAUCGAUGAACACAAUUUGGCUUUCCUCCUUAAACAACUGAAGCCAGAGGAGUAUGUCCCCUUCUGCAAUUUUCUGUGCCAAGAACAGGUGCAACACAUCGCCAACUCCAACCACAUCAAUUGUCAAACCGCCGCAGCGUGUAUCCUGCAUUUGCCGCUUACUAAAAUGAUGGAGAUUCUCCAAACGGCAAGACAAAAACGAAGGGAAGAAAUGACGAAAUACAUGCCAACUUUUGUAUCCCACAUGGUCCUACAAAAAUCAAGUAAUAGAAAGUACAUGAACAAGAUAGAACAAAUGUUUAUCACUUGCAAAUUACUACGAUUGAGAAAAGUUUUUAGAAACAGUAAAAAAAUGGUCACUCUGGGGAAAAAAAAAAAAAAAUUAAAAUAUUACCAUUUGAGAAAAAAAACAAAUGAUAUCAUACGUAGCAUUAAUGUGAAAAAUUAUUCCAAAUUUGUGAACUCCAUUUCUUGUACCAAAAUUGUGGAAAUGAAUCGCGUCAUCGACAACAUCAUGUGCAAGCAUCCAUACACUGAGCCUAAAGUUAUGGAGUGCCUUUUUGUCUUCUUUAACUUUCUUGAGAAAAUCGAGACCUGCAAAUGGAAGACAGACAGGAGGAAUCUACGGUGGAUAACCAAGGACAAUUGGAAAAGUGGGGAGCACCUCCAGGACACGUGUAAACAGACCAAGCUAUGCCCCUGUGAGAGGAACACAAAAAUAUGUCAGUUAAGCCCCUCCCCUGAGAUAACCAAAAGGAAUCCCUCUUUAGAUAACACGACGAUAAGAAAAAUUAUAACCCAUGAAAAACAAGGGGAAGCAAACUAUGUGGCGACGAAGACAGGGAAAUGCAAUCCAACUACCAACAGAGUGAGGAUCUCCUUCUACACAUUUUUAGUACACCUUGUUUGUUUCAUAAAAAUGCACAUAGAAAAUUACGUACUCCAGAGUUUCGAAAAUUGGCACGACAGGGAAAGAGAGGAAGAACACCCCUCCAAUAGGCAACGAAGCGAUUUACCCUUAAAAGGGGCUCUUGCACCAAAUCACGAAGAGGCCAGUACAGCCCUCCUUCAUGAAGACUCCAGGGUGAUAGAAUCACACCCCCACUGCAUAACGACAUCCAAAAUGAUGAACACCACCAACAGUAAGUUAAUUUUCAAGAGUGUCAGAAAAAUUAUGAAAAAUAUAUUCUACUCUGUGAGGAUGAUAAACCAAAUAGGGAAUCCUUCCCUCGUCUUGAAGCACAUCUCCAUGCUUAACAUAAUACGGGCUGACAUAAUCCAGUGCAGAAGUGAACUACCAAAGGAGGAUUUGAAAAAGAGGAGCGAAUGGGAUUACUCCACAGAGACUCCAAUAAAGAGUAUACAUAUUAAGGAUGGAAGAGCAACCCUCAUUGGGUUUAAAAAGAGUGCCGAUGUUAUACCACAGAGUAGCAACUUCUUCAGUGCAAAGUGUCUACUCGCAAAAAAUAUAUUCAACGAAAUGAAAAAAAAAAAUUGCACAAAAGGGACACGCGAUGGGGAAGAAUAUAAGGAGGCUGUGACAAUAGAAGAUGGCAUUAAGAAGAUAGAAUCUGACCAUACCAUAGAAAUGUCACAAAAUAGUAGGACCACAUGCACACUUAAGGAAGGGGACACUGUCGACAUGAGGAACUUUAGUACAAAUGAACGUAGGCCUCUCAUUAAAAAAAGCAAAAAAAAUUACUUCAAGAAGUUAAAGAAUAUCCCCCAAAUGGCUAGCUUUAAAAGAUUCAAACGUACAGAUCAGCACCGCAGUAGUGAACCACGUGAAGGUAAAUCCCCAAAUGUAAGCAUAAACACUACAAUGGAAACCUGCCAAAUAGAUCGUCAAAGCAGAAACACUACUGCUAACCCACCCAAUAAUAAAAAAGCAUUUUUUCCCAUCCCAAAUAGCAAAACAGGAAAAGUACUACCAUCGGACGUGUCCAACAAAGGGGGGAAAAACAAAGUGUCUCUAUUAAAAUUUAUGUUCGCUUUGAACGAUUCGAAUGCUAAGAGGCACGUUUAUAAUAUAACCCUAAUCAUAAAAUUUGCUUUUUUGAAAAAAAAAAUAUUUCUGAGCAAGUGCAAGAACCAAAUUGUGGGGUCUUCUCUAAACGUACUUAUAAAUGAUAAUGGCUGUAAGAGGUUAUUUAAUUUUAGUGCACCCCCUAACGACACGUCAUGUUAUAUUAAUUCGAACAUUGUAUCUCUGCAUUAUGAUGAUACCGAUGCUAUUAAAAAUUUGUAUUCUUUGACAUCUAACAAAUCGGUUCCCAUGUGCACUACACCGGAGAUAAUCCCGUCCACUAUUCCACACAAGGAGGAACCCAAGAAUCGCUUUAAAAAUAAAAAAUCAUCAACAGAAAUGAACAAACUAAAAAAUAACAUGUCAAUUAAAAACAUGUGUAACGAUUUAAAUUCUAGCAUCAUCCUUCUUUGGAAGUCCUCCCAAUGUGGCUACAUAUUCUUAGACGCACAUAAUUCUCUGCAUAUAAAUAUCCAUGACCCCUCCAGCCAGUUUUCUCUGAACCUGUUCAGGCAACAUGAUGAUUUUUAUGUAGGGGGAAAUACCUACAGAAAGAGUAACUUAUAUUUCCCUAAAAAGGGGAAGAAAAAAAUGAGCUUCAAAAAAAUCAAAUCGAUGUUCUCAAGGAUAUUAGAGAAAACGAAAUCUGCGCCAGUUGCGAACAGAUCCAGUGGUCCAAUCAUGGAAAGAGGACAAGGUGAGGUAGGAGGAGAUAUGAAGGAGGAAAGACCAAAUGUGGACAUUGUCCUAGAUAGGACUGCUUUACAUUCACGUGGAAAGAAUGUCCUCAACGAAGGUAAAGGAGACACACCAGGAGACGUCAAAAGCAGACGGGAUAACUGCGCCAAUGGAUAUGGUCCCAAACCGGAGGAACCCCUAAUCUGUGAAGAUAAUGAGGUAUAUUUCGGCGAUGAGUAUUACAAGUGCUAUGAGGGAGAGGUGCCCAGUGCAUCUGCCAAUGUGGGAAGCCAUCUGAAUGGGGAGAGCAUCCCCUUCAGCGAUCCCCUUGAACCCCCCCGAAAGAAUGAAGAGACUUGCGAACUGAGUAUCGACCAACAGAGAGCAACAAACUUGAGGACACCAAAGAGCGAACACGCCCACGACGUAGAAAAGUCAAGAAAUGAAAAAAACGACACAAACGAAACAAAUGCAUAUAACAAACACAGCAUAGUGAUCAACAAAUUCAGCAAUAUUAUUAACGAGGCACAAAGAGUCCUGUCUAUAAAGGAAAAAAUUAUUAACAAGAAAAUAUUAGAACAAAUCCAUUCCAGUUACAUAUCCCCAAACUCCCUAACGGAAAGUGAAAAGGAAAAAAUGAGAGAAAUAAAAAACAACGAACUUAACAAAAUUAUGGAAGAAGAAUUACGGAAGGAAAAUAAAAAUUUUCAAUCGAAAGAUGAGUACUCGUUUGGAAACACCAACUACACAGAUGAUGAGUUGAAUAUAAUGCUCUACCUAGAAAAAAGGAAAAAAAAAAAAGACCAAAAAGGGACAAGGAAAAAAAAACAACUCAUUGCUAUGAAGAGAAAAGAAAAUUAUUUUAUUCCAUUUCGAUUUAAUCAAAGUAAAAUAUUAAAAUUAAAAUUGUUGACUCUUAUUGAAAAUGCUUUAUGUAGUUAUGAUGUCAACAUAGGGGAAGGUACCUUGAUCAGUACAUUGGAUCAACAAAGACAAGGUGAAACAACAAAGGAAUAUAUCGACUCUUCUGCAGAAAAUAUCACCAACGGAUUCCGUUUCUCCCUUGAACAGGUUCCUUCUAACAGUUCCCACAAUUUGGCAGAACAGUCCAUUUGUUCAUUUUUAAAUUCGAAUGCUUCUCAAAAAAAUCUCAACGUAGAUAUGGUUCCUCUGAAUGGUAAUCCAAAUUGGUUUCAACAAAAUAGGUUAACCUUGACGAACCCAGUGGGUGACGUUGAUCUGUUCGGCGUGCAUGAUGCCAUGUGCAAUAACAACCACGCUUUCCAAGUUAACAUAAACACAGGGAAGAACGAACAAAGUGCCCCUAGUACGAAUUGCAAGAUCCUCCCAAACGAGACAAACAAAAAAAAGGAGCAUUCACAGGAUGAACAACAUCACAAUCGUGUAGAUAUUGCCCCCUUAGAACCCUGCCACAGCUCCACUUCAAUCCUCCUCGUAGAUAAGUACCCCCUGAAUAAGUGUUCAUUACUUCAUCUAAGCAACCACGCACACAACAACACGAACACACACACAAACAGAACGUGUGAAAGCUCCUACGAAAUUGUAAAUAGCGUAACAAUGCAUGACAGAAACAACUCCACAAAAGGGUCAUCAUCAAAUGAAUCGAAUCGAAGCUUAAAUGAUGACACAGACGUGAAUAAAAUUUCGACAUUCGAAAAUGAGUUGCAAUUGUUUCGUACAUCUAAUCACCAUUCGGAAAGUGUAGAUAUACAAGGAGGUACAGAUGCCUCUGCAAACGGAAGGAACGAAUUGGGAGAACCACGAAAGGAGGUACUACUAAGACAUAGCAGCUUAUUUUAUAAGCAUGACUACAACAAUUUGGAGACGCAUUCAAACCAAAGAGGAGACAGCACAAAUGAUGUCAACCAAUUGGAUCAAGUUGCUACUGCCUUUGCCUCAUGGGAAAAAGGGGAAGGGGACGCACCUUUGAAAAAGGUGGAGCAAACCAAACGGUGCGAUUAUAUUGCACCCCACAUAGUGGGCCACUGCAACCAAUCGGAGCACCUCCACUUGGAAUUAUGUCCACUGGAAAAGUGCGCAAAACGGAAUGACCUGUACAACAACCCUGGACAGAACCGCGUAGCACAGCACGACGACUUACAUUUGAGAGAACAAAGGGAAUACUUCCUAAACGGUUUGCUCAGCCAUAUCCACAGCGAGCAGCAGGGGGAUGAUCACUUUGACCGCAACUCUAUUGCGAACCCACAUAGCGUGCUCGGGGCUGAACAGGUGGGCCUCCUCAAUUUGCACUGCCUGUUCGAAAAUAAGUCGGAGAAUUUUUGCCUGAUCAGCGAGGGUUGCACUAAAGCCAGCAAUUACGUCAACGACAGCAUGCUGAUUCAUACCAAGAUGUACAAUGAAAUGUUGCAAAUACAGAAGGAUGACAUGUCUACGUCGGACAAGUGUUCCAUGCUCGGUAUGUCAAUCGCUUCCAACUCGUCCAACUUGUUCAGUAGCCACAACAGUGACAGGCGCCAUAGCGACUCGACGGAAAAACAAAUUAUGUGCAUUCACAAGAAGAAAAAAAUACUUUGUAACAGCUGUGGAAAUGUCCUCAAAAAAAAUGUCCUAAAGGACCUAUUCUGCUUCAGAGUAACCAUAAUUAAUAAAAAGUCUUUUCUUUCCAAACGUGUAAAAAUCAAGAUCUAUUAUCAGAGUCCUUUAAUCCGUGCGAACUUUGCUUCCAAAGACAAUGUUAGAUAUUCCUUGGAAAAAAAUAUGACCGAAUAUAAGCUCAACAUUAUUGCCAUUAAUAAAAAAAAAAUACGAAAAAAGUUGUCUCUAUCCAAGUCGAAAUUUUUCAGAAAAUGUCUCGAAAUUCAGUUAAUUAGCAGUUUGGACAAUAUGCUAAUUUCUCAAGGGGAAGAAAAAAAGGGGGUGAGCAAAUGCUCUGGGGAUGGCACCAGUGUUCACUCCUCCAUGGACCAUUUCAAUACAUAUAAGGAUGACCUCUUCAGGGAUAACAUAGAAACGGGAAAAAAUUUGUCCUAUGAACACAUAAAAAAUUAUUCAAAACGCUUGUCCAGCAUGAACCAGUCUUCCAACGACGUUCCCCCUGCUAUAUACAAUUCACACUUUGCCAUACUAAACUUCAGCAUCCUCGACGAUAAGAAUAAGAAGAAAUAUGAUGUGGAGAGGUUUAUAGUUCCUUCCACACUGUUUUACACCAAUGGGUAA